CACUCACUCACUCACUCACCACAGCUCGUGCUGCUCUCCUCUGCUCUCACCUCUCUUUGAACACACCAUGGCGGUCAUAAGGAACGAGGUUUUCUCCUGUUUUGUGUUCUACGCCGUGCUGCUGGUGGUGAAAAUGUACACCAUAGCGAUAAUAACGGGGCAAGUGAGGCUGCGAAAAAAGGCUUUUGCCAACCCCGAGGACGCGCUCAGACACGGAGGUUUGCAGUUUCACAGAGAGGAUCCAUAUGUGGAGAGAUGCCGGAGGGCUCACAUUAACGACAUGGAGAACAUCCUCCCCUUCCUCUUCAUCGGUGCCAUUUACUCCCUGACUGGACCUUCGCUGACCGUGGCUCGAAUCCACUUCCUCAUCUUCUUCCUUUGCCGCGUGCUACACAGCUUUGCCUAUCUGUUCGCCCUACGAGCGCCGACCCGCUCUCUGGCCUACACCUUCGCACAGAUACCUUGCGUCUCCAUGGCGGUGCAGGUCCUCAUGGCGGUCGCGGCGUACGCCUGAAUAUCCAGAGACGAGUGACUGACACAGAAGUGGUGCUCUGGCUCGUGAGUGGUUGGUUCUGGUUUGUGGCCUUUGACAGAAAAAGCAGUAGGUGGAUACGGAGCAGAUUCCUAGAAGAGGCUUCUCUCUCUACAUGGAUUUGUUAGGUUUUGUCAGUAUUUUUUAGUGAGUUCACUAAGUUAUUUUGUACUGUACUCGUGUAUUUAAAAUGCAUAUGAAGGUCAUGUUGUCUUAUUUUUAAACCAGGAUUUGUUGAAAUGGAAUUCAGUUGUAGACAUUUGGAUCAAGCUGCUUAUGAAUGUUUUCAGCACAGCACCAGUGUCAGUGUGUUGUCUCCUUCCCCCCACUUUUCACAAACCACCGCCAUUCAUGCGGCGCUCCAUUCACUGAGGCUUCAUCCAUUCAUUUCCUGUGCGGAUAUUUCAUCUGUUGCAUUAACAUUUGUUUGCAUUGCUACCUGCAACAAAAGGUAUCAUGGAGCCGGGCCAUGGUGACUGAUGAUGUGUUGACAGGUUUUAAUGCCGUGCAGCACACGCAAUACAAACUGAUGAGUUAAAACUGUCUUAAGUGCCUUCUGGGGGAGGAAGAAAGGUAAACUAACGGAGUUUGGACUGAGAAAUGAGACUUAACAAACAACCAGCCAAGAGCGGAAAACUGUAACUGUAAAAAAAUGUUUUCUGACGUGUAAUAUUUUCAUUUGAUCUGUGAAAAACAUUUCAAAACUGUUGCUGUUCAAAUAUAAUGAUAAUAAUUUAUUAUCCAUUACCCAUUUUUGGGGCGAUAAAACGAGUCAUGCUUUACAAAUGAGUAGCUUUAGUUGUCCUUUCAUGUGAGUAAUUUUGCCGACUGGUCGUGCAGAGACAGUAUGUUCUGUUGGCAAAGGGAAAGGGGCCCCACUUUGUGCGUGUUUGUGUGUGUGUGAGACAAUCCAACAGUCUGAGGCUCCGGCAUUCCUUCACCUAUUAUGUAAAAAUCUUUGGACAGUGGACAGUGUGUUAUGGGAAGCCAUGAGACUUGAGGGGGCUCACUCUGGCUCCGCAGUCUGACCGAGGGUAAGAGCAUGUUUGCUUUGUGAAUCCAACAGCUCAAAUGUCUCCACACAUUAUGAGUUAAAUAGUUUCUGUCUUGCUUUGGCUGCCACACACUGUUUUCCAGUCAUCCUGUAUCCAGUGAUUUUCCUACCAGUGAUGACUAAAGUUGGAAUUACAGAGCAGCAAUGUUUGUUGUGUCAUUAUAUUUGUCAUUUUUCUUUGUAAAUAACUGAACGUGGGAGGACCAUUUUCUUUGAGUGAGUGAACCUUAACAAUACAUAUGAUCCAGGGGAAACAUAAAGCUAAUAACAUGUAAGAACCAGGGGUGUGUCUAUCUCCUCUGCACUCAUGAGUGGUCGUCUCAACCUGCCUCUACCUCCAGGGUGUAAGGAAACAAGGCAUGCAUCCUACUUCCUUUGCUCCUCACCUCUCCUCUUAGCUGAUGAACUCACAGGAACUGACUCACGAAACAUGAGGGAUGCAGUAUCUGGGUCCAAUGCUGCCCGCAUGUACCUGUAUUUGUAAAACUCCUCUGAUAUCGCUGCACCUUAUAUCACUUUACAGCAAUAAGCAGAUGUGUCAGCAGUUUGGAAAUACUUUAAGAUAAGGAAUGAUGACACAAUUAGAGCAGACUGCAACCCAUGCUCUGCUAUACUGGAUUUGCAAAGGAUCUGCCUCUAAAUAUUAAGUACUAUUCAUUUUAAACCUAAUUCAAUCUAUCUAUUCCUAUAUUUUUAUUUACAAAAAUGUGGAGUUCCAUUUGCAAACAGGCUGUCCUCUAAAUUGUUUAACAUAUCUCGAUGUAAAUACCAGGAAAUAAAAGCUGAAAUACUGAUGUCUUUUAUAAUAUUAUUUUUAAUGUCAAACCCAAAUGUUUUUAGAGAACAGCAAAAAUAAAAGGAAUUGGCCUCACUCUUACAAUACCUGUGGAGUAUCUAAUGUUGUAUUUUGUUCACAAUCAAAAGUGAGGCAAAUAAAAUUGGUUCUCAAAAUAA